CAUUUUAAAACGCUGUGAAGUUGCUAGCUGAAGCUGUUUGUGUGUCUCUGACAUGAGGCGACUGAUGUCAACACGCUGCCGCUUUCGCUCCCUUAACUUACCACAGCGUUAACACACGGGGAGGAGGGACUGAGUGUGUGUUUUAACACAAAGAGGAAAUGCUAAUGAGGCUGCGUGAAUUGAGCCGAGUUAGCUAAGUUGAAGCUAACUGUCACCUUGUUGCCCGCGUUAGCUGAAAGCUCACACAGAGCAGAAAGUGUCCUCUGAUGAGCCAGCUGUCUCGGCCGGAGGAGGCCACCUGUUGUUGUUGCUGCUGCUGCUGAUUCUCUCUCACACACACACAGCACCGCUGUAAUAUCUCUCAUAGUAUCUGACAACAGCCCGCUGUGUGAUGCCUCAACGCCGAGCCACACUCGAACAACUUCUGGCAGCAAUGUCCUCUCCAGAAGACGAAGAGGCGGCUGCGAUGUUGUCUGCCGUGUCGGCCGCCGUGUCGGCUGCCAUGGCGGUCGCCAACGCUGUGGACGCUAAGGCGGAGCUCACCGCGCUGCUCGACGAAUGGGAGGAAACGCAGCAGGGCACCACGGAGCAACUGGUGUCCAUCCUUACCAAAAUAUCCGAGCUGAUUGAGCGGGAGACGGGAGAGUAUCACAAAGCCGACCCCGAUCCGUUUGAUGACCGUCAUCCAGGACGAGCGGACCCAGACUGCAUGCUGGGCCAACUCCUGAAGAUGCUCUUCAUGAACGAUGACUUCACGAACGCACUGUUGGACACGUAUAUAAUGACCAGCAGAGAGCUGAGCCUCAACACGGCCGCCUGUCGUCUGCUCCAGAACAUCAUGCCGGGGCUGGAGACCGCCGCCGUCUUCCAAGAGAAGGAAGGUCUGGUUCAGAAGUUGUUCACCUGGGCUCGUGAAGCCGAGCGACCGCUGUGUGUCUACGCCGCGGGCCUGCUGGCCAGAGCCAUGGGCAACCAGGAAGUGGCGGCCAGCUACAGAGAGCAGAAUGCUCGGCUGGUACCAAUCAUGAUCCAGCGGCUGCACGAGCUGCAAACCGAAGAGGCCAGUAGUCGCUUUAGUCCCGCCACAGCACCCAAAAAUCUCAAAGCCUCGAGCGUCUCAACAGACCAGCAUGACAAGACUGAGGGGGACGAUGCGGGAGAGGAGGAGAGGGAGAGAAAAGAGAGAGAUGGAGAGAGCAGCCUGCCGGCGUUGAAGGCCAAUUCCAAACCGUUGUCGCUGCUCAGUUCGAGCCAGAAAAACGGCGGCGGCAGCAGCUCAACGCGACUGCUCCCAGACUUUGUUUACCAAGCGGGCCCGGACGCCGCCGCCGCCAGGGAGGCAGAGGACAGGCAGGAGGGACGAGGGCGGAAAAGACGGGCGGUGACGGAGAACGGGAGGAAGGCGAAGCAGAAACUCAACUUUGCCUCGACGUCCUCGUGCAGGGCGGAGGACGAGGCGGAGGGAAGCGACCACAGCGACCAGCCGGCCAACAGCGCCUCCUGGUCCGAGAUGAGCGCCAUGGUGAUCGGCUCCGACUACCGCCUCUCGCCGCUGAGUCCCGCCAUGGAGCAGAGGCUCAUCCUGCAGUAUCUGACGCCGCUCGGAGAUUUACAGGAGUUGCUCGCCGUCUUCAUGCAGCUGGACACGCGGUCGUUGCUGAUGAACUACAUCGACCUCAGGCAGACCAAAAAUGUCCAGCUCACCUUCGAUGCCCUACUGUAUCUCUCCUCGCUGCUCCUCCACAAGAAGUUUGCGGCAGAGUUCAUCACUCACGGAGGAGUGCAGAAACUCCUGGAGAUCCCCAGGCCUUCGAUGGCAGCAACUGGAGUUUCACUCUGCUUGUACUACCUCGCAUACAACCAGGACGCCAUGGAGAGGGUGUGCACGCUCCCAAAUGGCGUGCUGUCCGACAUGGUUUCCUACGCUCUGUGGCUGCUGGAGUCGUCCCAUGCGUCAGGCGUCUGCCACGCCACCAUGUUCUUCUCCAUCUCCUUCUCCUUCAGGGCGGUGCUGCAGCUCUUCGACCACCAGGACGGCCUGCGCAGGCUCGUCAACUUGGUCAGUACUUUGCAGAUACUUAACACGGAGAAUGAGGUGUCCAUAAUGAGUGAUGACCAAGUCUUCGCCAACCGACAGACAGCCAAACAUACCUGCAUGGCCCUGCGCAGGUACUUUGAGGCUCACCUGGCAGUGAAGGUGGAACAGGUCAAACAGUCCCUGCACACGUCAGACGGAGGUACCAUUGUUCCCCAGCAGCCAUUUUACAAGGCAUAUACGUACACCAGAGAGCAGGUUAUUGAGAUGAUGGAGUUUCUGAUCGAGUGUGGACCUCCUCAGAUCUACUGGGAACCAGUCGAGGUUUUCCACAAGUUGUCCUGUGUCCCUUUAAUGCUGCAGCUCAUAUCUACAGCCUGCGACUGGAGGACGUACUACGGCAGGAGUGACACGGUGCGUUAUGUCCUGGACAUCCUGGCCAUACUGGUGGUGGUUCCAAAGGUCCAGUUGGUGCUGGCGGACACCGUAGAGGUUCUGGAUGAAACCAGGUCGCCUGUUUCGACUGUGGGUAUGAGCAUCAUUCUGGGUGUCGCUGAGGGUGAGGUGUUUGUCAACGAUGCAGAGAUCCAGAAGUCUGCACUACAGGUGAUAAUAAACUGCGUGUGCGCUCCAGACCGGAGCCUGAACACUGUGGGUGCUUUUGCUGUCACACCCCUCAGGCCGUCCCUCCACCCCCAGCAGACGUCCGCUCCACACAACGGCGUGCUCGCCCACAUGUGGCAAAUGGUGCAGAAUAACAACGGUAUUAAGGUGCUUCUGUCUCUGCUGUCGGUGAAGAUGCCCAUCACCGACGCCGACCUGAUCCGUGCUCUGGCCUGCAAGGCUCUGGUCGGACUCUCCCGCAGCUCAGCGGUCAGACAAAUCAUCAGCAAACUGCCACUCUUCACCAGCAGCCACAUUCAACAGCUCAUGAAGGAGCCACUGCUGCAGGACAAACGAAGCGAGCACGUCCGCUUCUGCCGAUACGCCGCCGAUCUGACCGAGCGGGUGUCGGGCAAGCCUCUCCUCAUGGGCACCGACGUCUCAUUGGCUCGUCUGCAGAGGGCGAACGUGGUCGCCCAAUCACGCAUCACGUUCCCCGAGAAGGAGCUCCUCAUGCUGAUCAGAAACCACCUGGUGGCCAAAGGGCUCCACGACACGGCCAACACACUCGUCAAAGAGGCCAACCUGUCCGUGACGUCCCUCUGUCCCAACUCUUCCUCCUGCGUCACCCCUCCCCCCCUCUCCUCCGCCGUGAUUCCCAGGACUUGCCGGUCCGCCGGCGGGAUGGCGGCUCGCAUCGGCGGCCACGUCGGACCCUCUCCCGUGUCCUCGGUUGCCGUGGCGUCCUCCUCCACUCCCUCGUCCUCUCGUUCCCUCGCCAGUCCUCACCCGUCGUGCUCCUCUUCGUCCACCCCCGCCCUCCCUCUGCUUCCUUCUACUCCCUCUCUUCCUCCCCCUCAUCCCGCAGCUCAUGGCUCACAUCUGGUCGGGCGCAUUUUGUUCACGCGGGAACGCCCCGUGGCCCAGUGCAACUCAGGGAAAAAACUUAGAGCGCUGAAACAGAAGUCUGACCACGGUGCUUUCAUACAGACUCCGGUCUUGAAGAAGCAGCUGGAGCGACACGUUCCUUCGCCCCCGAGCCUCGACGGCAUCAUCACAGAGUACCUGAGGGAGCAGCACGCCCGCUGCCCCAAUCCUGUCACCACCUGCCCCCCCUUCUCCCUCUUCACCGCCCACCGCUGCCCCGAGCCCAAGCAGAGGCGACAGGCAUCGCCCAACUUCACCGCCCGCCUGGGCAGCAGGGUGCUGUACCCCAAAUAUGGAGGCGUGGACAGAGGGUGUCUGGAUAGACAUCUGAUAUUCAGCAGGUUUCGUCCGAUGUCGGUCUUCCACGAGGGCGACGGAGAUGAGAGCGGUUUCACCUGUUGUGCCUUCUCAGCCCGCGAGCGUUUCCUGAUGCUGGGAACCUGCUCCGGUCACCUCAAAUUCUAUAACGUCUUCUCUGGAGAGGAGGAGGCCAACUACACCUGCCACACGUCGGCCAUCACACACCUCGAACCCUCCAGGGAUGGGAAAUUGCUGCUCACCUCUGCGUCCUGGAGUGUCCCCUUAUCUGCUCUCUGGAGUAUGGAUGGAGUCUUUAGCAUGAAGAACUCGUUUGUAGACGACCACUACGUCGAGUUCAGUAAACACACUCAGGACAGAGUCAUCGGCACCAAGGACCAGGUCGCACACAUCUACGACAUCCAGACGGGUCAGAAGAUUCUGACUCUGAACGACCCCGCCCUGGCCAACAACUACAAGAGGAACUGUGCCACCUUCAACCCCACCGACGACCUGGUGCUGAAUGACGGGGUGCUGUGGGACGUGCGGGCGUCGCAGGCCAUCCAUAAGUUUGACAAGUUCAACAUGAACAUCAGCGGGGUUUUCCAUCCCAACGGCCUGGAGGUCAUCAUCAACACAGAGAUCUGGGACCUGAGGACCUUCCACCUGCUGCACACCGUCCCUGCCCUGGACCAGUGCAGGCUGGUCUUCAACAGCAACGCCACCAUCAUGUAUGGAGCAAUGCUGCAAGCCGAUGAGGAGGAUGACGCUAUGGACCAGCAGAUGAAGAGUCCCUUCGGUUCAUCCUUCAGAACCUUCGAUGCUACCGAGUACAAGCCCAUCGCCACAGUGGACGUAAAGAGGAACAUCUUUGACCUGUGCACCGACACCAAAGACUGCUACCUGGCUGUCAUUGAGAUCGCAGAUCUUCUCGGCAGCAACAGCAGCGACGACAACAGUGAUGACGACGACGAUGAUGAUGAUGAAUCGGCAGACUCAGAACAUUCAAACAGAAGUGAUGACGGAUGGGACUCGAUGUCGGCGGAGUGGGACCAAAAAAUGUACCGGGACGUUUACGGCCCCUGCCGUAUGGAUUGA